GCUGGGUAAUAAUCAUGCUGUGAGUGGGCGGGUAGGUAUAUAGGAAGGUCAAGCUGCUGCUCUGCUCUUCUCUUUCCCUCCUCACGCUCACAGUCCAGCGAUCGCUUUCUCUUUCAGUCAUUCUUUUCUGAAUAUCCACACUCUUUCGGCCCGGCGCCUACAUCACAUUCUCUCAACAACUUCAAAAUGCGUUCCGUCUUCACCUCCGUCGCCGCCAUUGCUGGCGUUGCCUCCGCCGCCACGGCCCCCUACACCGACAGCACCACCGGCAUCAAGUUCUCCCAGUACACCGACAAGUCCGGCUAUGCCUUCGGCAUGGCCGUGCCUGAGACGGUUGGCAAGGACUUCAUUGGCCAGAUCGUCGCCCCCGGUGAGGGCUGGGCCGGUGUCUCCCUGACCUCGUCCAUGAUGGCCUCGACCCUGAUCGCGGCCUGGCCCAACGGUGACGACGUCAUCGGCAGUCUGCGCAAGACCACCACCUACACCAACCCCAAGGCCCUGACCGGCGACGCCAAGCUCGUCCCCAUUGCCGAGGGUACCUCCAAGAACGAGACGCACUUCACCUACACCUUCCUGUGCCAGGGCUGCAUCGUCGGCGACACCUCGACCUUCAAGGCCGACGCCAAGAGCGCCGUUCUUGGCUGGGCUCUUGCUGACGCCGCCCCCACGAACCCCGAGUCCGCCGACGAGGCCGUCCUCGCCUACCACAAGACCGGCUUCGGUGCCUACGGCCUGCCCAUGGCUGAUGCCGAAUCGGCCGACUACGAGACCUGGGCCGCCAUGGCCAACGGCAGCGGCUCCUCCGGCUCCGGCUCCAGCGCCGGUGCCUCCACCCCCGGUGCCUCUACCCCCGCCGCCGCUGCCUCCACCCCCGCUGCUGCUGCUUCCACCCCUGCUGCCGCUGCCUCGACCCCCGCUGAGGCGCCCGCUUCGUCUGCUGAGGCUCCCGCUGCCACCUCUGCCCCUGCCCAGGGCAGCGUCACGACCACCACGAUCAUCAAGACCGAGGCCGUCACUUCGACUGUCUACGUUUAAGUCUGAAAAGGCUUGGAGGGGGUUGGCUCUCGACCUGUCGGCAUCGGUGAUGCAUCGCGGGCUUGAGUGAGGAGGAAGGGUCUAUGUAAUGGACGGAUAGAUGGCUAGACGGACGACGAUUGAUCGCUGGACGGAUACAGUUCUCUCUUCGGAGCUGAGUCUCCCUUCAUAUAAAUACAUUCAUAUAUAUGCAUGCACAUAUCUUCUUCAUAGAGAAUUGCGUACAAAGCAUCUGAUUUCAUG